GGCCCUCGGACGUCUCGGCCAAAGGAAGAACGGUAGAUCACUCUAUUAUCUACAUUGAUCUAUUUGAAGAGGAAAGAUGCAAGCACCUGUAGUUUACAUCACAAGAAUUGAGACUUUUAGUGCCUGUCAUAGAUUACACAGCUUACAACUUGAUGAGCAAGAAAAUAAAGCCGUCUUUGGGAAAUGUAACAACCCAAAUGGACAUGGUCAUAAUUACAAAGUUGAAGUCACUUUGAAAGGACCUGUUGAUCCUGUCACUGGAAUGGUUAUGAAUAUUGUGGACUUGAAGGUUUUCAUGCAGAAAGCUAUAAUGGAGACACUGGACCACAGGAAUAUAGACAAAGAUGUACCAUACUUCAAAGAUAAAGUGAGCACAACAGAAAACCUUGCUGUAUUUAUCUGGAAUGAGCUGCAAAAACACCUCCCUGCAAACUUGUUGUUUGAGGUCAAAAUUCAUGAAACAGAAAAGAAUGUAGUUUACUAUCGUGGAGAUUUUCAAUGAUGUCUCUUCUUUACUAGCUGUCAUUAUUGUUUCAACCAUUCAACUUAUUAUGUGUGAAUAUGUACCGGUGUACUUACUGAUACUUCAACUUUUAUAUUAUUUAGUACAUGUGUGUGUAUAUCAAAUAUGUUCCAGUAAAGAGUAUAGAUCACCCAGAGGACAAGAUUCAGGUCUGGGACAGAGGGAGCUACAUGUAGCUAUGUAAUAUUUGAUUGUGUGACUCUCUAAAAAUACUGUCAAUUCAUAUGUACAUGCACUUGUAGUACCAAAUAAGGGCAUUACUAGUCAUCUUUCAAUUGGCAUAUAAAACAUUGAUUCAUCAAACACAUGUAUCAUUAGAUUUCCUAAAUUAAGAAUCUCAAAUGUUUUUUCUCGGCACCCAUCGAGUUUGAGAUACAUGUAUUUAGCCGCUUGACUGUAUUUUCAUAUAUAUAUAUUAAGCUGUAGACAUACCAUGAGAACAAGCAAAGAACUUUUACAUCAUUUAUAUAAUUGUGUGUAGAUUGUGAUUUUUGUAAACAACUUUUUAUGUGUACAUACAUUUCCAUUGUAUUUAUGGGUUUAUGUUUACUCAUUUGAUGAAAUCUGCAAAGCUUUGCAUGUAUUUGUACAUUGUUAAUGCAUAUUGUGCAAUACUGGUAAUCCAGAUCCUGGUUACCAGGAUUUAGAAACUGAAAAUCUCAAUUCCUACUUCAUUAAUCCUUUUGUUCCCAUGUAUACUCGAUCCCUUCAUUGAUAGGAAAACUCCUAAGUUAAUGAUCUUAAUCAAUGAUCUGAUUUGUAAGAGUCCAGUGGAACUUAACUGAUCAUUAGCUCGGGUGAUGAGGCGGAUGCAAUCUAAUUCUAUUUUAUCCGUCAAUCAUGCAACCAUCCAGUUAAUUGUGACUAAAAAAACCUUAAAAGUUUCAAGAUCAGAGACAAUGUACAUUUAUAGCUUAAAUUUCAUCUCUUUUGUAUGUUUGUUAUUUUUUUGUCUAACUUACAUUUGUUGAAUUGUAUUCAUUUUUGUUAUUUUUUGUCUUACUUACAUCGUUAAAUUGUAUUCAUUUUUUACCUUUCUUUUUACAUGAGCUUUAUUUUAAAAAAAAACUAGCAUAAUAUCUGUAUUUGUAUUGCAAUAUAACAUUUACCGAGGUUCCUCAAGACCUAAUGACUUACCGAUACAUUCUGUAAACCAACUUUUAUUAGCCUAUGAUAAAUUGUUGCGUAUUAACGAAUAUUUCUUGCUGCAAACCGGUCCUUGCUGUAUGGUUGUUAUAACAACGCAGGUCUGGAUAAGGCUUUGUCGCGAACCAGUUUAUUGGAAGUUAACUGCAAAAUUACAUGUGUAAUUUCUGCUUGUUCCCCUACCUUAUUGUGAUCGACAUACAUAUAUUAUCAAAAUAUUAUAUAAAUGUUGAUCCUCAUGUAUUAUUAUAGCUCUAUACUGUAGAAUCAUCAUUGUUCAUGGGGGACAAACAUUUGUGGCUUUCUUCAGUAUUAACCCUAGGCCACAAAUUUACAUCCCUACGAACCUAUAUAUACACAAUCAUUUGUUUAAUAUUUAUUAUAGUUAUCCUGAUUACACUACCAAAGAAAUAACGUCCUCAUGAACCAGGAAAUAUUUGGCUACCCACGAGCUUUGACCCCCAUGAAUAAAAAUGAUUCCACAGUGAUUCACAAAUAAUAUACUUAUUAUUCAAAUACAUGACUAUAGUUACAAAGGCGUUGGAACUUUUUUUGCAAAGUUAGACCUAACCAUUAGGCACAUAGCACCAUAGAGGGUUCAGCUUCCCCCCUUUACCUUGCAAAGAUUGAAAUAUUGACAUGUUGGAGUCAUAUGUAUACUAAAGGAUUUUCAUGAUUUUGGGAAUUACGGGUUUUUUCUGUUUGUCAAGGAUUCUGAGGAUUAAUCUUUAUCAUACAGUAUUAAAAGUUUUCAAAAUUAU